GUGGCGGAUGUAACAUGAAGUUCGUCCAUCCCCUGCAUUACCGGAUGCAUUGCUCCGUCUUCCAUGACCCAAACUACUCCCUCACCAUCCGCAAAUAUCACUGCAAGGUGUGCGGGCUGGCGGUGCUCGGCAAGGAGAACAUCAUGCGACACGCGGCAGAGCAGCACGAGGGCCGGGGCGCUUACCAGUGUCAGUUCUGCAAGAAGUUCUUCCUGAGGCUCCAUUCUCUGGACAUGCACGUGACGUACUCGUGUAGCCGUAACCCAGCUCGGGUUUUUCCCCUCUGCGACUACUGCGGCAAGAAGUUCUGUCAGCCUCAGCAUCUCAGGUCACAUCAGAAGCGUAUGCAUGCAGACAUGUCGGAGGUGCUACGGGAGUUCCAGUGCAAGAUGUGCUUCAAGAUCCUGGGCUCACGCGCGGCGCUGCAGCGGCACCUGAAGGAGGUGCACCAUAAGGUAUCAGGCGGCAAAGAGGACCUGAGCACAGGGGCAACCUGCGACCGCUGCGGCAAGAUGUUCCAGAACAAAAGCAACCUCAAGAUCCACAUGCUCACGCAUUCCGGCGUCAAACCAUUCAAAUGUAUCGAGAGCGGCUGCAAUGCUGCCUUCACCACCAAGCAGUGCCUGCAGUUCCACUACAAGAAAGUUCACGGUUAUACUGGUGACGGAAUGCCUAAAAUCGAACGCUGCAUUCCCUACACUUUCGAUUCGUAUUCAGGAGGACUGGUCCCUGACCCAGGACGUGGGAAAAUACCUCCAAUGCCUUCAUCUUUGGAACAAACAUCGGUGAUUUCGAACCCGAACUCGCCUUCUCAGUCAUUGGAUAUGACACAGACCACCAUGCCGCUGCAUCACGAAGAGCCUCCAAUUUCCCCCAUGACAUCGGACAGCGAGUCGCACAGUCGGCAGGACGAAGUCUUGCUGGACGUUGGCAAGCUUCCUCCAGCAGCCACGCUACAUGGAUACGUUGCCAAGUAUGCGGCCGCGGCUACAAGACUCGUCAGUAAAGGUUCUAGAAAAUGGCUGGGAGAUUCUCUGGAGCUGUACGACAGAGACCAGCAGGAUACAUCGUCUAGUGGAGGCAGAGAUAUUUACGACUUCGAGGAGCGGAUAGACUCGGAUCUGCAGAGACGUCGGGAGAAAGAAGAACUAAUCGGAGUCGAAGACGAGAGAUUAUUGAGGCGGGAGUCUAACGCUUCACUGCUUGUUGAGGCAGCUCUCAGUGUUGCAGAGCUACGUGGUUACGGUUCAGGGCGAUGUUCUCCAACACUGCAAACAUCCCAGAGCGAUCAGCUGCAACUGCCGCACGAAGCCGCUCUUGCUACUCACAUUCGUUACACGACGAGCGAGGAUGAGCAUCGUCAUCUGGGAUACACUCUCGAAAGAGAAUACGACCCUCGAUCCCUGCCUGAGGUCAUGGUCGUUCAAGACAAUCUCUCUCAGCAUGAUCUUAACGAUCAGCUACAUUUGGAUACAAUACCGUCGUCUUCGUCCAACGACUCCGUAACUCCCCUAAGUUCCGCCACUCUUUCGUCCUCUGCUCUUUCCCUUACACUCUCGAGCAACAGCUCGCUGGCCACGUCAUUAUCUCCUUCGUCUCCGUUACCCGUGGCUCUGCCCCCAUCAAGCACCGUACUUUCUUCGUCUCUCGUGAGCAGCACAAGCAUGGAGCCAAGCUUGCACGUCCUUGAAGAACUACCAGCUCUAGAUAUGACUUACAAACAGUACCGUAUUGUUCCGGAGACAUCCGUCUCACAUGACCAUUUAUUGGCCGCCACGCCUUUGGAUGAAAAUUCGGCAUCGAUGGGUCUCGAGGUGCUCACGAGUUCAGGGUCAAGUAACAUUGUUACUGUAAUGUCGCCAUCUCGCCACGACCAUUUAUCAGAACAGCUUCCUCUUCCCGAACUUCAGCCUCACGAUUUCCGUGGGCUCCCGGCCCUCAAGUCUCCGGAUGGGCAGCGAUCACCGACAUAUUUGUCAUCCAGUCCUACGCAUGAUGUCCUUAGAACUUAUCUAAUUCCUUCUGACGCAUUGCGUUCGUCAUCAUUUACGCUGGAGCAAGGGGUUGACAUGAGCCGGACUAAUUUAUUCAUCCGUUACACCAGCGAUCCUUCAGGAACACAGCACAGGACAACGACGAUUUACGAGUUGGACAGACCACCUUCUCACUCUCUGGAUCUCACUCUCCCGAGGGCCGACCACCAGCGAGAUCUGUCCCCUCUGGGGCCACUCUCACGUUCCUUAUCCCCGGACCCUCAACUAUCUCCCGGCACCACAACGCACCUUUCCCCACAUCACCACCUAUCGCCAUCUGAACACGAACAAGGUUCUCAGAACCACCUCACGCUCUACACGCAGCUGUCGUCUCAUGUCCAGCUGCCUCCAUACUCGCACAUCACGACCCUCAAUCAGAUGAGCCCAGGGAAUAGGCCUGACAGCGUGAGUCCUGAUGUUAACAACAUGGAUCGUAUCCCUAUUUCAUCUCAUAGUCCUCCAGACACCACGAUGACCAUAAAUUCCAGCAACGGUCCUCCACUUCCCCCAAUCAGCCGCAUUGUAUCCACGAGUCAAUUCUACAGUUCCCGGUCCAUCCUCCCUCGCCACGACUUCAGCCCCACGACUUUACCUUCUUACAGCGAACCCCUGCUUGCUGGGGAGUCCAGCAGCUCCCUUACUACCGUGGUGGCUGCUAACAAGGAGCGCUCCUCCUCUCCAUACAGCCAAUAUCCCAACUCCCCAUACCAGCGUUACCAAGACCUCCCCUCUCCGCCAUCAUAUCAAUAUCAGUAUUAUUGAUGUACAAGCGUACCGUGAAACUGAUCAGUAUUCUGCUACAAUAAUUCUCUCACUAUAUUUCUAUAUUUUCUUCCAGUGCAGUACUAAUAGGGAGUAAAUAUUGUUAAUGUGAAUAUCCGUGUCGUGUAAUGAUUGGUAUCGCGUAUAAGACUUAUUGUAAUUCCUUUGAAUGAUGAGAUUACCCUUUCGAACCAGAUGUUGUGGAGCUGAGGCAUUCUCAGAAUUUACUCUUUUUAAGGUCCUACUUUUAUC